UGUGUAUUUAUGUCUGUGUUUGUGUGCAGAUAGAAGAAGGUAAUAGAUGAGCGGGGGUUGAUGAGUCUGUGUCGGUGCAGUAUAAAUAACUGAGACCAAAAAGAGAAAGUGCAUCAGUCCAACUGUGGCACCGAGGAGGAGGUGUAGACGUUUAAAAAGAAAGGAAUAAGAUAAAAGAGGGGAACAUGAAAGCAGCACAACGGUGAAUGAAACGAAGAGCAAACGAAAGAGAAGAACUGACUGAGGACACUGUAAGGUCUGAAGAGAGCUUUAAACUGUAGUGCCAGAUAAUUGACACAGAAAUGGCCAACACAAUAGGAGUACUCUUGGCUUCACUGUUGCUACUGGGAGCCAGUCUGCCAUGUUGCGCUGUGUAUAACAGUGGUGAAUGCUUCUUCAACACUAAAGCAAACUGUGAACACAUGGGUCAGGUUUAUGGUAUUGGGGAGAGCUGGAUAACCAGUGACUGCUACCAGUGUGUCUGCAUGGAGCCUUUUGGAGUGGGAUGCUGUGACCUUGCAACUAAGCCUGUUGACUACCCAGAAUGGUGCGAGAUCGUUCGUAAACCAGAUUCUUGCACCAGUGUUGCUGUGAUGAGAGUCAAUCACAAACUACCUUGCCUCUGGGGACAAGGCCGUCUCAGAACAGCUGGACAGUCAUGGAAAUCCGACAAUGAUCCUUUAUUCUGAAAUUAAGCCAUCCUGGCACAACAAAAAAAUUUGAAACUUGUUAGAACAAAAGGAUAUAACAAAGAAAAGAAACAUGUAGAAUUAUGAUUUUCCUUUUUAACUUUGUGACCGAUACUUUGGUUGUGCAUCUGUUGACUACAAUUAAGGAGUUUCUUAUUUUGUUUAAAGUAGUAUUUAAAGCUAGAACUAUUAAUAAAGCUAAAUGCUGCUUUUACAGUAUAUGUUAUAUUUCUUGCCAUUAUUUAGCCCUGUGAUUUAGACUUGCAUUUUUUGUUAUUCGGUUUGUUGUAUUGUUGAUUAUCCCAAUUCUAACAAACUACAGAAAAGACACACGUGUCAUUAGAAAAUGGUGUUGACCAAACAGUAAAAGAUAAUAUUGUUUUUACCUCACAGAUUAUUUAUUUAAUGAAACCAUAUUUUAUUUAUUUUAUUUUAGAAAGACUGCACCAUAUUUAAGGAAAGAAAUGCAAUAGAAACAAAUAAUGAUUAUCUUCUAUGGUAUUAAUAUAAAAAAGGAAUGAUGCAUACAGUGAUAUUCUAUCAUUUCUCAUAUGACCAUCUGCUUGGAUGCACUAAUAGUUCAUGUAUUGCAGUUAUUGUUAUUUAAGAACAUUUUUAUUCCUUCUAUUAGUGUAUAUCAUAUUCACAUGCCUCAAUGAAAAAUAAUAUUUGAUUUCAUUUUUAUUUUUUUAUACUUUUUUUUUAUUUUAUUCUAUACAAUUCAGUUUAAGUCUCAUUAAACAUCAGAAUCAUUAAAUCGUGAUUCUGAUGAUAAAGUCCUGAUGUGUGUUAGCUACUGAUAGUUACUGAUCCAAAUAAUGAAUGAUACAUAUUAUGUUUAUGUAUGUUUCAGAUUUUUUUUCCAUGUUUUCUAAACGUUACAUUAUUGUAUUUCCUGCAACACUUUUGAAAAAAUUAAAAAAUGUUUCCCAAACUUUCAA